GGGGCCAACGAAUGGUUGAGCAUUUGAUGCCACGGCAGACUUGGUUCACUGACUCGUAGAUCUAUGCAUCCCUUCACCACCAGGCCGCUCCUUCCUCGUCUGCCUACCUAAAAUUUCCAAUAAGGAACAGGGAAGAACAAUGGCCGGAGGAGGCUUCCUGUCUUCCAUCAUCACCAUGGCGGUAGACAAGCUGCAUAGCUUGGCUUUACCGUCAACGCCAUCUUCUUCUUCGUCACCACAUAACAAUAUUGAACAAGAGAUGAGUAAGCUGACAGAGACUAUGAGGAGAGUCCAAGCCAAACUUGCCGACUCAGAGGAGGAUAAUCAUGUAAAAAGUCACUCGGAGAAGCUUUGGCUUAGCGAGCUCAAAGAGGUUGCCUAUGACGCCGAAGACCUAGUAGAAGAGUACGAGUACGAGGUGCUGCGUUCCAAACAACUGCAUGGGAACAACAGUGGGACACAUGAGGGUGAACUAGCAAAUAAAGCUGCGGAGAUAAGGAAAAGAUUUGAUGAGAUCACCAAAGAGUGGAAACUCCUAACGUUGCCUAAGAACGCAGGAGAGAGAAAGAGAAGCCCCUUAACCCUAGUUGAUAACAGAGAAACAGGCUCUUUAGUGCUUGAAUCAGAUGUUCUUGGAAGAGAAGAGGAAAAGGAUAUGUUGGUUGAAUGGCUGCUGUCAGAGGAUGAUAUGACAGAUAAUAGAGUUUCUGUGAUUGCGAUAAUUGGGAUGGGGGGACUAGGUAAAACAACACUAGCUCAGCUUGUCUAUAAUGAUCCAAAAGUAAAAAGCUAUUUCAAUCCAAGAGGAUGGGUCUGUGUAUCUGAAAAUUUUAAUGUUGUUAAUUUGACGGAGAAGAUCCUACAAUCAUUUACAGAAGAGAAAGGGAAAGGGGAAGUGAAAAUUCCUGAAACGCUAGAUGGGCUCCAACGUGCAUUAGAAGAGAAUCUGCUGGGGAAAAAGUUUUUACUGAUAUUAGAUGAUGUUUGGAAUGAAGAAUUCACUCUCUGGUAUGAAUUAAGAAAGCCCUUAGUAUCGGCUCAAGUGGGUAAAGUUAUAGUGACCACUAGGAAUCAACCAGUUGCUAGAAUUAUGGGGAUAAGAAGUCCUCUCGACUUGAAUUGCUUACCAUUUGAUGUAUGCUGGCAAUUGUUCAAGAGAGUCACUUUGGGAGGAGCUGAUCAACCACAUCUUGAAGACCUUGGUAGGAAGAUAGUAGACAAGUGCAAAGGCUUACCUUUAGCUGUGAAGGUGCUAGGAGGUGCUCUUAGAAACAAAGAAGAUAUAGAUUCAUGGGAGGACAUACUAGAGAAUAAGAAGUGGGAAUUAGAAGAAACAAAUAAAGGAGUUUUACCGGCACUUAAAAUAUCAUAUGAUUGCAUGCCGAUCCAACUUAAGAGAUGCUUUCAGUACCUGUCCUUAUUUCCCAAACACACACGUUUACAUUCAGAAAUAAUAGUCAGAUUAUGGAUGUCACAAGGUCUUCUUCCUCUUGAUGAAGAUGAUAGAGAUAAGAGAGCAGAGGACAAAGGCAGAAAUUACAUAGAAAGAUUGGCUGAGAGGUCAAUGAUACAACUGAAAUGGAGUGACUCUUUUUUGAUGCAUAAUCUUGUUCAUGAUCUUGCACAAUAUAUAGCUCAGGACGAAUGCUUCUGUAUGAUGGAUAACAAAUUUGACACAAAGAAAUUACAAAAGAUUCGACAUUUGUCGGUGAGCAUAGAAGAUCCUCAUCUACUAAAACAUCUGGAGACAAUAACAGAUCAACAACUAAAACUAAUGCGGACACUUUUUAUAAGAGUACAAGACAAAUCAAGGGGGCGACCUUUUAUUACAAGACAAGACAAAAAUUUUGGAGUCCUUGACGAUCUUUUCCAAAAUUUGAAAUACAUACGAGCACUCCAUUUAAGCCAGAUCGGCAUCAGAGAGUUACCAGAUACAUUGGGCAACCUCAAACUACUUAAUUACCUUUCUAUAAAAGAUAUUGCAAUAAAGAGUAUUCCAGAAUCCAUACACAACCUUUACAACUUACAAACUCUGGAUCUGACACAAACAAAUAUUUCUGAACUCCCAAGGCAGAUUGAUAAUUUGAUAAAUCUACGUCAUCUUUUGCUUUCUCACAAAGUUGCCUUUCUUCCAUCUGGAAUUGGAAACUUAACCAACUUGCAGACACUCACCCACUUCAACGUUGGUUGUGGAAAAAAGCAUUGCGACAUUGGAGAAUUGAAUAGUUUGAUGAAACUUGGAGGGCAUAUCUCCAUUUAUAAUGUAGCAUUGCUACACAGGAGCAUUGCGACAAUGCCGGUGAACAAAUUUUCAAACACAAAACCUACUCUGAAGACAAAAAAGUAUCUUGAUUCUUUGAGGUUAGAUUGGCUUAGAGAGCAUGAUAAUUUUGACCGUUUCAAACAGGAUGAAAAGAAGGCAGAACAACAACUUGCAUACCUCCAACCGCACGUCAACCUCAAGUUCCUUGAGAUAAAUAAUUAUCCAGGUGUUAGAUUUGUUGAAUGGGUGAGUGAUUCAUCCUUCACUAAGUUGACCCGUCUGAUUCUAGAAGAUUGUAAGAAUUGCACUAAACUUCCACCGUUGGGUCAACUUCGUUAUCUGGAAUAUCUUGAUAUAAGAGGCAUGGAUGGCGUACAACAUGUGGGACGUGAAUUUUGCUCCAUGCUAAUGGCCUCUCCAUCUUCUUCUCAAAACAAUAUGGCAUUUCCAUCUCUGACACACUUGGAAUUUAGCAGUAUGCCAAAUUGGAAAGGGUGGGAUGGAGUGGAGAUUGGUGAUUUCCCCAGUCUCCAUUUUAUUGAAAUUUCUAAAUGUUCAAAGCUGAUCAAGUUUCCUCAGUGGCCCUUUAUGUCUUCUGUGAAAGAAAUGACAUUAGGUAAUUGUGGCGCACUUGAUGUUCUAAAUUUGCAUUUAUGGACAAAUUUAAGCAUCGGUAUCAAAACUCAAGAACAUAGCAAGUGGAUGUCCAAGUGUUACUUUCCAACGCUCCAACACUUGACAUUAAAAAGCAGGGUGGAAUGUGUUCAUCUGUCACAGAAACGACUACCUUCACUCAAGACUUUAGAGAUUCAAUCUUCUGAAGAAUUGAGGGUCAUUGGAGGGCUUGAAGGCCUCACCUCCUUGACUUCUUUAAUUAUAAGAAAUUGCUUUAACCUUGAGUUCGAGAAGUUACCAGCCACCCUCCAACAACUAAGGCUCUCCAAUUGUCCUCUGUUCCAUAAGGGGUUAGAAAAACAACCGCAUAUGCUCAAUGUAUUGAGAGAGGGAGAGAAGAGGGAGAGAGAAGAGCUUAUAGAGUUUGAGAGACGUUACCCUAUCAUCAAAGAUUGGAGUGAUGCAGAGCAGGACAACAUCAAUAGGAUAACAUGGAUGAGUGAUCACAAGGAUGACAAAGAGUACAAUGGUAGCAAGACAGCAAGAUUCUUACCAUCGAGAAGGGAUUCUUAUCGGAUGAAGCGUUCAAGGUUCGCCGCGGGAUGAAUUGGAACAAGGAGCUCUGUAGGAAUUUUCAACGCGGAAGUUACCAAUAUGGAUUUCGCUGCAAAUUUCUUCAUACAACUCAACAAGAGACAAAUUCUAAUCCCUACGGUUUUGGAAACCAGAGUACCUUACAUUUUCCAAACACUACUCAGCACCAAAAAACCAAACCUUACGGUUUUGGAGUGCAAAACAGGCCCCAUUACAGAACAACACCCCUAAGAAAGGUUCCUUCAAUUUUGUAGCUAAAUACCAACCUCCUGCCAAGUGGUCCUUGUGACAUUGUUGGUGAUAUCAGUUAUGAAGAACUUCGGUCAUAUGAUGAUGUAAGGCAAGGAUUAAGUGUUGUAUCUUUUGUAAGCUCCAAAGCUGAUUCUCUCUUUAUCUCCCCCCAAGUCAUUAAACUAACUGAGAACACUGUGCUUUGACAGUGUAGAUAAGAUGAUGCUCAGCCAUUCUAUAUUGUCUCUCUGAUAAUCUGUACCACUUUAAUGGUUAGAAACUGGUGAUUAUAUCUUGGAGGGCCCUCUAAUUGUAUAUUAGAUGAAGAUUUUAAAUGGUUCCUGUAUAGAUAUACUGUCUUUUCAUAUCAAGUCUCUUGUAGACAUGUAUAGACUAAAGAAUUAACUCACUGAGCAUGUAGAGAUAUAUCAAGUUAACUUUAGAAAGGUUUUCGACUUAAUUAACUGACUAAAUUUGAAUGACUUUACUCAUUCUUAUCGUUAUAUACACAUAUAUAUUUAAUAAGAAGCUUGUUUUUGAAGAGGAUCAUGGACAUAGAAACUAGAAAUAGGUGGCAAUCUUUUGCAGUUUUACUUAAGUCGCAUGGGAGUUGUAAUUUAUGUUAGGGAUUAUUAUUAAAAUAUUAAAGCUUCUACUUAGUACAACAACAUAUUUAUGUAGAUGAACAAAUCAUAUAAGCUUAAAUGUCCUUGUAUUAUGAUUAUUGAAUCAGCAAUUUAGCAGGAUGCAACCCUAAGCAAUAAAUUGUGAUACAGUUUCUUUACUUUUUGUCAAAUGCCACAAAAGUAAUUGUUAAAUAUGUGGAAAAUUGUUCCUUUAUUUUUCCUAGUAUACAAAGCAUAACAUAAUGUUUGUGUACAAUGGAACAUACUGUGGUAAACAACAUUGCGCUCCUGCCAAUGUUAUGUAAUUCAAUAAUCAGCUGUUAUAUAAAAUCAGCUGUUAAUUCAAGAGUUUCCCUUUUAUAUAAAAUCCACAAAAUAAGAUAAUUGAUCAUUAUCUUGAUAGACAUUUCCCCAAAAUGCUUAAACUUGAAUUAAUGGUCUCUCAUCUAAGCUUUAUAAAUACUUCUAUUAACCCAUACUUCCAUGUGGAAGUAAACUACAGUGGUAUAAUUUUCACACAUCUUUGUUGAAGUCCAGCAUCCAAUUUUUAUUUUUGUAUAAUCUCUACUCAACAGCAUGUUACCUCCAAUCCGAUGAUAGUAUGGACCAUCACCAUUGAUAGUCUUUUUCCAUAAGCUUGCUCUGAUAUUAAGGAUAAUAUUAUAAUAAUUUGUUCAAGAGGACUGACUGGUAACUUGAUAGACUCAACCACUUGCUCAUAGAUGCAUGAUUUCAAGUUGACAGUAAUUCGGUUAGCUAAGGUUUAUCAUCCUCCCAUGUUGGCUGACAAUUUCUGAUAUGGAACUUAACUAAGAUGUAACUGACAUGCUAGAGCAUAUCAUUUCUUUCCCUUUGUUGCCUAGAAAUGCUUAAAGAACCUAUUUUCCU